UAAACUGCUGAUAUGGCAACCUUGUGCCGACGUGAAAAAUGAACGAAAAAUCAAUUUUUCGUAUUGUAAACACAAUGAAAGACCGAGAACGAACAGCAACUACCCUAUAAGUAUUACAUUUAAUCGUGGCCAAAAUGCCUAGCACAUAUUUGUUUGCCGCGAGCAGUGAGGGUCGUGUGUACACGUUGUCCACCAGCUCGGGAGCAUGGCGGGAAUUGCCGUAUCUGGGAUUGGAAUUCAAGAAAAUCUGCGCUGUACCUAAUUUUCUGUGGGCCAUUGGCGGCGACCGUCAGGUGUAUGUACACGUUCACGGACUCGAUGUGCCCAUACGGGUCAAGGAGGAGUCGUACGAGAACGAACGCUGGCUGCCCAUCGAGGGCUUCUCCAAGACUCUUUUGCCCACCGAUCGAUACAAAUACUCUUCCGCUGACGGCAGCGUGGAGCGAAGUGUAGACAAGAUUCGCCUGCCCUCCAUGGCCUGGCAAUGGGAUGGGGACUGGCACUUGGACCUGGAGUUGGAUGGCCAGCAGCUUCCAGAAGACGGCUGGAUGUAUGCCUUGGACUUUCCGGCUUCCUACUCGAUUAAGAAGUCAUGGAACUCGUAUGUGCGGCGUCGCAAAUGGAAACGAUACCGCCGCUAUGCCGCCCUAAACAGCUGGUGUGCCGUGGCUCCACUACACAAAGAUCCCACCCAAGAGCCCUUCAUCGAUGUGGCAAUUGGAGGCACAAAUGUGCCCAAUGCUGCGGCCGGCACGCUGUGUGUCUGGGCCAUUACCGCUCAUGGCAGGGCCAUGUUUCGAACAGGUGUGUCGAAGACGGCACCCGAAGGCCUGCGCUGGACAGCCAUAGCCACGCCCACGGGCAGUGAGCUGUCGCAGAUCAGUGUGGGCCCCACCGGUCUGGUUUGGGCUGUUUUGUACAACGGUCGGGUCAUCGUUCGCACAGGUGUGACCCGCGAUAACCUAUCCGGUGAGGCGUGGCUCGAUGUCAAGACGCCAGUGGCUGGCGCGAAUUUGCGCAUCGUACACGUUUCUGUUGGCACUGAUGCGGUCUGGUGUGUGACCAACGAUCACCAUGCCUGGUUCCGACGCGGCAUCAAGGGCGAGGCGGCUGGCAUAAGUGAGGACUCGGCCAUUGGCAAAGGUUGGGUGGAAAUGGUAGGCAACGUCUCAAUGGUUUCCGUGGCGCCUAACGAUCAGGUAUUCGCUGUGGGGGCCGCUGACCGUUUGCUGUACUAUCGGUCCGGCGUGACUGCCGCCGAUCCCACCGGCAAAAAGUGGCGUCAACUGCAAUGCCCCAUGCAGAUCAGCCGCACUUCCAGUUCCUUGUCCAUUGUAUCCCGCAAGAGCGGCGGCAGCAGCUCCACGCCCGGGUCCAAGCACCAGAGCUUCUCCAAUCUCUACUCCAAAGAGAAAGAGAAGGGCGUCGUUGAAACGUGCGCCGUUAUCGAAACGGUGCUCCACAGUUCCGCGGGCUCCUCCUCCAGCAACGGAGUGGGAGGACGCUUGAAAAACGAAAGGUGGAAACUCAGCGCCGACUCGCCGCCAACCAUAGGCAGCCUGAACCUGAACGAUCGCCACAAGCAGCGUACGGCAGCACUUCGCGAAUCCUCACACGCCAGCAGUGCGCCCGCCGCAGAUGUGAUCGAAAACAGUGGGAAAUUCGAGACACAGCUGAGGAAUCCUCGUGCCUGGUCGCCAGUGCGCAGUGUGGGAUCCGUAGUGGGCAUGGAGGCGCAUCCAGAGAGCGAUUCCACGGUCUUCGAGUCGGACUCGAUGCACCACGGAUCGGAUGUGUUUCUGGGUGAGGAUGAUGACCACACGGGCUCUCAGUUCUGGACCGAAUGCGGGGUUCUUUGGAGCUGUGUGGCUCCCGGAGCAGUCACCGUCGACUCAAACAAUCUGCCCAACUGGUUCAACGAGCAGGCGGCCAGUGACAGCAAAGUGGAUGUGAAUGCCAACUGGCGGAAGGACAUUCUGGGCAAGCUGCAGCGCCGACAGGAGAAGCUCGUCAAGCUGCAGAGUAAGACCCAAUUCGAAAAGGCUGUGGAGCUGUCUUCGUGGAUAAAGUCUGCGGAUGCACGCUACCAACGACCCGGCGGGGACUUUGAGGACUGCAUAAUAGAGCUUGAAUGGGUCAGUGGCAGCAGCAGUGGCAGCAACAGUGGCAGCAUCGAUGGCUCCAGGUCGGGUGACUCGGGCACCUUCACAGUGCUCAGCCCCGAUGGAGCGGCCACAAAGAUACAGUUUCCGCUAUCGGAUAUUACGUGCGCGCAGUGCUGCAGCGAGGCUGGAUCGCCGCGUCUGGCCAUCCAUGCCCCCCAUCUGCCCGUCAACUGCUCGCCCGUAAAGCUGCAGUUCUCCAGCGACUCGGAAAUGGAGGAUUGGCUCUCACACUUGUCGUCAGUAUGCAGCCAAAUCAAUACUCUGAUAGGAAAGCCGGCCAACAAUGCCAUAUGGCUGACCAGCGACCUGGGGGAUGUGUUUGUCUUCGAUGCGGCCACUAUGAAGGCGCAGCAGAUGUCCAGCGGCCAGGGAUACGUGGAGAGAAUGGAUGUGUCCACCUGCGAGACACCCUACUACAACACUCUGUACAAUGGCAUGCCCUGUGGCACUGAACUGGAGAUUUCUGGGUGCGUUUAUGACGAUGCUGAUCAGAUACGCUUCGACCUGCAGUGCCACUCGACGGUCAAGGUGCAGCCCCAUCGUGUAGAGAAACACAGAGUGAUCGCCUUGCAUCUGAAUCCACGCUUCAACGAGCGCACAACUGUGCUCAAUUCCAUGAAGGAAUCUGAAUGGCUGGAGGAGGUACGCAACGACAAGGUAGUGUUUGCUCCGGGCGCCACGUUUACAUUGAAAAUUAGAGCACUGCAGAACCACUACCACAUCAUUGUGAAUAAUGUGGUCUAUACGGACUACAAAUACCGCAUUGAUCCGGAGAGCGUCACUUGCCUGUACGUGAGUGGACGCAUCAAGCUCUUCAGCGUGCUGUAUCGCUGUCCGUCAGUCAUUGUGUCGAUGCAGCAGAUGCACUGGCGCCAGAUGGGAGGCCACAUCAAGCGGGUCUAUAACAGCGGCGUGGAUGUUGUAUGGGGUAUAUCCUGCGACAAUACCGCAUGGGUUUACAACGGCGGAUGGGGCGGCAUGUUCCUCAAGGGCCUCGAGGGCUCCGGAAAGAUAAACGCAAUGAUAGACACGCACACGUACUACGUGUAUGAGAAUCAGCGGUGGAAUCCGAUAAGCGGAUUCACUGCCAAAAGCCUGCCCACGGACCGGCACACAUGGAGCGAUGCCACUGGACGGCAGAAGCGCAGCAAGGAGCACACCAAGCUGCUGUCCACACACUGCGAGUGGAUCUCGGACUGGGCGAUUGACUACAACAUACCAGGUGGCGCCGACAAGGAGGGCUGGCAGUAUGCCAUUGACUUUCCUGCCAACUAUCAUGCCCAUAAGAAGCUCACUGAUUGCGUGCGUCGUCGGCGGUGGAUGAAGAGAUGUCGCUUGAGCAGCAGUGGCCCUUGGCAGGAGCUGAGCCAGUCGAAAGUGCUCGAUGCGGCUCUGCAUGUUCUGGACGAGGAUGUGGACAGUGCGCAUGACGUUAAGAAUGUGCCUGUUGCCGCUUGGGCCAUUGCCUCCAAUGGUGAUGUGCUCAUCCGACAUGGCGUUAGUAGCUUGAAUCCGCGCGGAGACGCCUGGGAGCACAUUGCCAGCGAGCAGCCACUGAUUGCCAUCAGCGUUGGGCCAACGGGUCAGGUGUGGACGGUGGCGCGCAACGGCAUGGUGUUCUUCCGCUAUGGCAUUAGCAGGCAGAACCCUUGCGGCGAUGCUUGGCAACAGGUGGAGGCGCCGGCCGGUGUGACAUUCAAGGCGAUAAGCGUGGGGCGAGCUGGAAUCUGGGCUUUGGACAACCAACAACGGCUGGCUGUUCGCAAGGAGAUUUCGAGAACCUUUCCAGAGGGCUCGCACUGGCAGUUUCUUCCAAAUGCCGCCAAUAUACCGCCCCAUACGGAGCAACAGUGCGGCUUCCGAUCGGUAUCCGUGGGCGCUGAAGUGUGGGCCAUCUCCCUCAAUGGCAUCAUCUGCAGGCGGUGCGGAAUUACAAGCGAGAAUCCCGCGGGCGUCGGCUGGAACCUUGGCAUCCCAGGCCAGUGGCAGCAUGUGUCGGUCGAGGGCUAUAUGUAAACAGUUGUCGUUCCAUGAAGUGCAUUCCUAUAAACGAUUCAUGAUACUGUGUUUAUGCUUGCUAUAUGUAUUUAUAUACCCUUACAGACGGUAAGACCAUUUUGACCAGGGGUCCUUAAUUCAAAAGAAGUAUUUUGGACUCUAGAAUAGAAUAGAAUAUUCUUACCGUCGGGCAGCUCUUAAGACAUUCCAAACCGAACUUUAAUAUCUCUGGAAUAUAUUGGAAUUAUCAAUCUGCAAGGGUAUUAAAAAGCUUCGGCACACGAAGCCUGCUUGCUCUCUUGUACUUGUAUUAUUAUUGUUCCAUUUUGUGUACUCAACCAUAAAACGCUUAAAUUUGUUUCUUUUUUUACAAAUUAAUUACUAAGCCAAAGUUAAUGAAUGAAAUUGGUUUUUUCUCAUCAUUCUUAUUACAA